AGUCGCGGACUCUGCCCCGAGCCGACUGCAGGGCGGCCGGGCUCCACAGUCGGGGGGAUCCCGGGUCAUGGCGGCUCCGGGGACCGUGCCCGGAGCCGGCGCCAGGCCUAGGUUAGAUCUGCAAUUUCUUCAGCGGUUCCUGAGAAUACACAAGGUUUUGUUUCCUUCUUGGUCAUCACAGAAUGUCUUGAUGUACCUGACACUCUUGUGUGUGGCCCUACUGGAACAAUUGGUGAUCUACCAGGUUGGCUUGAUCCCCAGUCAGUUCUAUGGGGUCUUGGGAAAUAAAGACUUGGAUGGGUUUAAGCCGCUGACGUUCCUGGCAGUUGUGCUCAUCGUUCUCAAUUCCACACUGAAGAGCUUUGACCAGUUCACCUGCAAUCUACUGUACGUGAGCUGGAGGAAGGACCUCACCGAGCACCUGCACCACCUCUACUUCCGGACCCGCGUAUAUUACACCCUCAACGUGCUGCGGGACGACAUCGAUAACCCGGAUCAGCGCAUCAGCCAGGACGUGGAGCGAUUCUGCCGGCAGCUCAGCAGCAUGGCCAGCAAGCUGAUCAUCUCCCCCUUCACCCUUGUCUACUACACUUACCAGUGCUUCCAAAGCACAGGCUGGCUUGGACCUAUGAGCAUCUUUGGUUAUUUCAUCCUGGGAACCAUGGUGAACAAAACUUUGAUGGGGCCGAUCGUGCGAAAGCUGGUGCAGCAAGAGAAGUUGGAGGGGGAUUUUAGGUUCAAACACAUGCAGAUUCGGGUGAACGCUGAGCCUGCUGCUUUCUACAGAGCUGGACAUGUGGAACACAUGAGGACAGAUCGCAGGCUGCAGAGACUCCUUCAGACCCAGAAGGAACUGAUGUUCAAGGAGCUCUGGCUAUACAUUGGCAUCAACACCUUUGACUAUCUGGGAAGCAUCCUGAGUUACGUUGUCAUCGCAAUCCCCAUUUUCAGUGGUGUCUAUGGAGACCUGAGCCCCACAGAGCUUAGCACCCUGGUCAGCAAGAAUGCCUUUGUGUGCAUCUACCUCAUCAGCUGUUUCACCCGGCUUAUCGACCUCUCCACCACGCUCUCAGAUGUGGCUGGCUACACACACAGGAUUGGGGAGCUUCAGGAGGCCCUGCUGGACAUGUCACAGAAGUCACGCGACUUCGAGAUCCUGGAUGAAAGCGAGUGGGGUUUGGACAAGGCUCCCAGGUGGCCAGCAGCAGAGCCAGCAGACACAGCUUUUCUCCUUGAGCGGGUCUCCAUCUCAGCCCCCUCCUCUGACAAGCCUCUGAUCAAGGACCUGAGCCUGAAGAUCUGUGACGGGCAGAGCCUGCUCAUCAUGGGCAACACGGGCACCGGCAAGACCUCCUUGAUGCGGGUUCUGGGCGGCCUGUGGGCGAGCACACGGGGUUCUGUGCAGAUGCUGACUGACUUUGGGCCCCAUGGGGUGCUGUUCCUGCCACAGAAGCCAUUCUUCACAGACGGGACUCUUCGGGAGCAGGUUAUAUAUCCCCUAAAGGAAAUCUAUCCCGACUCAGGUUCUACUGAUGAUGAGAGGAUCAUGAGGUUCUUGGAGUUGGCAGGCCUGUCCAGCUUGGUGGCAAGGACAGAGGGGCUGGACCAGCAGGUGGAUUGGAACUGGUAUGAUGUCCUGUCCCCAGGGGAGAUGCAAAGGCUCUCCUUCGCUCGGCUCUUCUACCUGCAGCCCAAGUAUGCAGUACUUGAUGAAGCCACCAGUGCCCUGACAGAGGAGGUGGAGAGUGAGCUGUAUCGGAUCGGCCAACAGCUGGGGAUGACAUUCAUCAGCGUGGGACAUCGGCCCAACCUCCAGAAGUUUCACUCCUGGAUUCUGAAACUCUGUGGAGGAGGAAGAUGGGAACUGACUAGAAUCAAAGAGGAAUGAAGCCAAGGAUGUAGAAGACCAUCAGGACAGCCAAGUUCCAGGCAGGCUAGCAGCCCCCAGGGGAGACCAGGUGCACUGAUGGGGCAAGAAUGAGCCCCAGGAUUGCCUCACAGACCUGUGCAGGAGCCCUUGCAGUGGGCAGCUCAACUCAGGGGUGGCCCUACUAGGGGACACUGAGGUCUCUCCAGGACUAUUCCUACAGCCUCAGCCUGAGCCUUUGUAUACUGGAAAUGCCAAUUGCUUACAGAUUACUUCAGAUCAUGUUUGAAGAAAAAUCCAAAAGUGUGUGAGUUAUAAGAAAUGAAGGAAGGGUCAAGAUGGAAAGGAUAUUGGAUUUGGAGUCAAGGAAGCCAGUUAUGCAGCAAUAGAGUUUUAACUUUAAUUAACUAACCAUUUAAAUUUUAUAAAUUUUU